UUCGGUCGCCAUGAGCAGUUCGAUAUUUCGGGCCUUUUGGCUACUUUGUUCACUGCUGAUCUGUGUCACGAAUGCCGCUGAUUAUCGACUGGAAGGUAGCGUCGUACCAUCGCACUACAACCUGACCAUCGGUGUUUUGCGGAACUCAGUCGAGCCCACUAUUUUCGAUGGCGAAGUGAGCAUUACCUUGCGGGUGGUCGGAACUUUGGAGGUGCAACAAAUCAUUCUACACGCUGAUACGCUCGACAUUACGGAAUGUUGGCUUUUGGAUGCGGCAGGUGCGCAGGUGGAGGCCAUCGAUAUCAGCAGGUUGAUUUAUGAGGCCGCCACCCAACAGGUGAGAGUUCCGCUGACGGAGGCCGCGCAGCCAGGCAAAAAUUAUACGCUCGGGUUCAAGUACACCGGGCACAUACGAACGGAUAUGGCCGGCUUCUUCUCCGCCAGCUAUGUGGAGAGGGAUACCAAUGUGACCAGGUGGUUGGCUCUCACCCAGAUGCAGCGCAUCAACGCCCGUUUGGUCCUGCCCUGCUUCGAUGAGCCCGCCCUGAAGGCACAGUUCCAACUGCAGAUUGUUCGGCCCAACGGGUAUCAGUCGAUUGCCAACACCAAGCUAAAAGAAACUAAAGCUUUAAGCCAAGAUCGUUUUGUCGAUCACUUCAAGGAGACCCCUGUAAUGUCCACAUAUCUGCUGGCCUUCAUGGUGGCCAAUUAUUCUGCACGUGGAAAUGAGAGUGAGUUCGCAGUGCUCACUCGUCCGGAGUUUUAUGAUAACACAGAGUUCAGCUACCAUGUGGGUCAGCAGGUGGUUUCAGCAUACGGGGAGUUGUUCCAGAGUCCAUAUGCUGAACUGGGCAACGAUGUGCUGCAGUAUGCCAGUUCGCCCAGGUUCCCGCACAACGGCAUGGAAAACUGGGGCCUCAUAAUCUACAGCGACGAUGUCCUUAUACAGGAACCUGGAUACUCGGAUGAUUGGUCGGAUAAGGAGUUCGCCAUACGCAUCAUCGCCCAUGAGACCUCACACAUGUGGUUCGGGGAUAGCGUGACCUUCUCCUGGUGGAGCUACUUUUGGCUCAAUGAGGCCUUUGCCCGCUACUACGAGUACUUCAUGGCUCAUCAGCUCUAUCCAGAUUAUCACUUGGACGAGCAGUUUGUGGUGCGCCAAAUGCAGCUGAUAUUUGGAACGGAUGCCCAGAACGGCACUCAACCCAUGACAAGUCCGGAGUCGGAGAUUCAAACACCCUCCCAGAUUGCCUACAAGUUCAGCGGGAUCGCCUAUGCCAAGGGAGCUUGCAUUGUAAGGAUGUGGCGAAAUCUCAUGGGAGCCGAAAACUUUGACACAGCCAUCAGGAGUUACCUGCAGCAAUACCACUUGACCAAUACAGUACCUUAUAACUUAUUUUACCAUCUCUUCGAGCAUUGGCCAAAGAAUCAGGAUGUGGAUCUGGUUGACUUUCUUACCGAUUACACCGAGCAGGUUGGUUAUCCCAUGAUAAUUGUAAAGGCUUUACAGGGUAACAAGGUCGUUACUGUGGAGCAGUCGCGAUUCCUCCUUAACAAAGACGAUGGCAGUAAUGCUACACUGAAAUACACAGUACCAAUAACUUUCACCACUAAUCUGGAACGCGAUUUCUACAACCUUACGCCAUAUAAAUACCUACACAAAACAGUUAACGUUCUGUGGCUGGAUUUUACCAGUCCAAUUGAUUGGAUUUUAUUUAACCUGAGGCAGUCGAACUACCAACGAGUGUUCUAUGACGACACUUUAAGGGAAGGUCUUCUGUUAGCCAUCUCGGCAACGAAUCACAGUGGAAUACCGGUUGAGAACCGUGCUCAAAUUAUUGAUGAUCUCUUCAAUUUCGCGCAAGCUCAAUAUGUGGAUUAUGCUGAUGUAUUCAGGUUCCUGGAAUACCUGGCGAAGGAGGUGGAGUACGUGCCCUGGUAUGCCGUCUAUGAGAACUUGAAUACGGUGGCAAAGCGAUUGACACCUGAACAGCUGCCCGACUUCCGGAUAUAUCUUUCCAGCAUCACAGCAGCUGUUUUUGAAAAACUAGGAGUUGGCUGGAACGCCCAGGAUACUCCUCUGGAUGUGGCCAAUCGCAACAAACUGAUCAAAUGGCUGUGCAGAUACCAGGCCAGCAAUUGCAGGCCAAAGGUUAACGUUCAGUUCGUAACAGGUCAUGAAGUACCAUCGCCGGAUUACCGGGAAACGUUCUAUUGUGCCGCCAGUGGUGCCGAUUACAACUCAUACACCAUGUUGUGGGGUCAGUAUUAUUUGGAAAAUCGCACUAGCGAAAAGAAUAUGCUCUGGGCUGCAAUCAGCUGCACGAGAGACUACGAAACCCAUUACCACAAGAUGAUCAUCUCUGGUACGGAAAGUGUUGAACAAAAGAAAAUUGGUAUCGCCCGUAUGUACGAGGAGAAUCCUGACUUGGUUCAGGCAAUUUUCGAAAUGAUUACCGAAAACAUUAUGGAAUUAGCGUAUAACUUCCAGAGUUGGUCGGGACACGGCCGAGGUGAUCAAUGACAUGGCGGAGUACUUCACCACCCGGGAGCAACAGCAGUUGCUCAAGGAAUUCUACUACAGCAAUCACCAGUUCUUCGGUGAAUCGGAAGAGCUGCUCUCCAAGUCCCUGGUCACUGUGGAAAAAAACCUUAACUGGGCGGAAACCCAUUUGGAAGGCUUAGUAAAAUAUCUGGCGGACAGAAAUGGUAGCUCCUGCCUGGGAGCCACUUCCUUGGUGGUGGUUCUGCUUUUAGCAGUGGGCAGCAUGUUGGCCUGGCCCUGA